CCUCUGACUGUAGAGGCAAUACGUGAGCAAGAACCCAAGGAGACCAGCGUUAGCAGAAGGCCACGGACAUCACUGCAUGUUAUGUCCUCUGUGUGUGUAAGCGGGCCCAGGAUGCCAUGGUGAUCCUGGGGGGCGGAGGACUUCUCUUCGCCUCCUACUUGACGGCCACGGGGGAUGAACGUUUCUACGCGGACCACUUGAUGCCGGCUCUGCAGGGGCUGCUGAACCCCGAGGCAGCCCACAGGCUGGCUGUUCACGUCACCUCCCUGGGGCUCCUUCCUCGUGCCACGUUUCAAGACUCUGACAUGCUGGAAGUGAGAGUCCUGGGCCAUAAAUUCCGAAAUCCAGUAGGAAUCGCUGCAGGAUUUGACAAGCACGGGGAAGCUGUGGAUGGACUUUACAAGAUGGGCUUUGGUUUUGUUGAGAUAGGCAGUGUUACCCCAAAACCUCAGGAAGGAAACCCCAGGCCCAGGGUCUUCCGCCUCCCUGAGGACCAAGCUGUCAUUAACAGAUACGGAUUCAACAGUCAUGGACUCUCAGUGGUGGAACACAGGUUACGGGCCAGACAGCAGACGCAGGCCAGGCUCACAGAAGAUGGGCUGCCACUGGGAAUAAACCUGGGGAAGAAUAAGACCUCGGUGGACGCUGCCUCGGACUACGCAGAGGGGGUUCGAGUCCUGGGCCCCUUGGCUGACUACCUGGUAGUGAAUGUGUCCAGUCCCAACACAGCUGGGCUGAGGAGCCUUCAGGGAAAGGCCGAGCUGCGCCGCCUGCUGACCAAGGUGCUGCAGGAGAGGGAUGCCCUGAAGGUAGUGCACAAGCCAGCCGUGCUGGUGAAGAUCGCUCCUGACCUCACGGCCCAGGACAAGGAGGAUAUUGCCAGUGUGGUGAGAGAGUUGGGCAUCGAUGGACUGAUUGUCACGAAUACCACAGUGAGUCGCCCUGCCAGCCUCCAGGGGGCCCUGCGCUCUGAAAUGGGAGGGCUGAGCGGGAAGCCCCUCCGAGAUUUAUCAACGCAAACCAUCAGGGAGAUGUAUGCACUCACCCAAGGCAGAGUUCCCAUCAUUGGGGUUGGCGGUGUCAGCAGCGGGCAGGACGCGCUGGAGAAGAUCCGGGCGGGGGCCUCCCUGGUGCAGCUGUACACAGCCCUCACCUACCGGGGGCCACCCCUGGUGGGCAGAGUCAAGCGGGAGCUGGAGGCCCUUUUGAAGGAGCAGGGUUUUACCAGAGUCACAGAUGCCAUUGGAGCAGAUCAUCGGAGGUGAGGAUGGGUCGGUAGGAAGCCUGAUCUGGAACCGUCCCGCUAAAUCAAGCGAGCCUUUGUGGCUGAUGGAGAGAGGAGACCACAUCCCCAAACCACAGGGGCCCCUCCACCGGCUGGACUGUAAAAGCCAAGCAUGAGGGUCACCAGAAGCAAUGCAAGGCUUUGUUCAACCACUUGUUGGACAGGAACUGCAUCCAUGAUUCUUUCUAGAUUCAAAUCCCAGGAUCCUUUAAUAUUACAAGGACAUUAGACAUUUGGAGGGAAAAUCACGGUAAAAUAAAGUCAUUUAAAAACUGGAUUUAAAUCCCAGCCCUCUUGCCCAGAUCCUGUAGGUUCUUCCAGGCCUCUGCUCCCCCGGGAUCUGUAGUGGGCUUCCCAGGAGCUUGACUCUCUUU